GACGCGUCCGGUGACUUGUAAACAACGCGUGACUGUCAUCAGGAUUUAUUUAUUCCAAUAUUGAACUAUCGAGCUCGUUCUAUCUGUGUUUAAAUUGUUUACACUUUUUAUUUUUUGAUGCUGUGCCAGUAUUUAUAAAAAUGAAAAUAAGAAAAAGACUUUACUGUGAGUUUGUUUGUAACUGCUAAGUUUUUAACUUUGACAGAAGUGCUGGUGAAUUUUGAACAAUACAUAUUAUGUAAAGCGAUCAGUGUCCAAAAACAUGACAAUGAAAUUUUUAACGCUAAUAGCGUUAUGCGCUAUAACAUCGGCGCACAAAAUCACUCAGCUAAAGGUCCCGCUUUAUGCCGACCCUCGGCGAGCGGCAGAGCUGAGCUGUCAUUUUGAAAUGGACGACCAGAAGCUACACUCUGUGAAGUGGUACAGAGACAUACACGAAAUAUUCAGAUACAAUCCCUCACAAAAGCCACCUAUCCGUCUGUUCAACAUAACGGGUAUCAUGGUGCAAGGCGGUGAUUGCCAAAGAGACUCCUGUAUGGUACGCGUAAUGCCGCCCCCAAUCGCCACACGCGCAGCAUACAGCUGUGAAGUAUCGACAGAAGGACCUAAGUUUCAAAUAGCGAGGCAAACGAAGCAUAUGACUGUUGUCGCGAUGCCGGACAAGGACCCCAUAAUAAUUGGAGCACCCAAAUUAGUGAAGCCUGGGGAGCAAAUACUACUGAACUGCACGUCCGACUACUCGCUUCCGCCGUCUGACAUUAAUUGGUAUAUAGACAAUGAACUCGCAAAGACCGAGCCAUGGCAGCGUAGAGAGCUAAGCGCUUCCCAGCCAGGAGGUUUACGCGCAUCGUGGCGAGUGCUACGAGUCUCCGUACCCAGUACAGCGAGCGGCGCUUUACGCGUGCGAUGCGAAGCAACGCUCCCCGUAGAACCUCCUGUAGUGCGAGAUACAGUCACAACUAUAACCAUAUAUUCACGUACACAGUUGUCGAAGUAUGUUUCUAACAGAGGUACAUGCAAUGAAUUUAAAGCUAUGAUCGUUUUGAUCUGGACUUUCAAAGAAAUAUCGAAGUUUAUGAGCUUAUGAGGCUUGGUUUGAAGUACUUUAACAGUGAUACUAGAAUAAGUGUAGAUAAAUGCUCGGCCUCAUCGCAUACACAUAGUCUAAGAGCUAUACAGUGUUUUAGAAAGAGCAAUAAAAUAUUCAUAAUAAAUAAAAUGUAUCUGAAGUGGAUUGAUAUUCUAACGGAGGAUAAUGAUGAUGAAUUUAUUGCGAUAGUAGUUAAUGUUCGCUAGCUCUUGGACUAAGUGGAAUUAUAAUAUUAUAAACGAUUGUAGAUCGUAUAUAAUACAAAUAAAAUGAAUUUAAUUCAGUCUAUAGAUAUUAAUAGGUCAAAUACACUGUAUGAAGUUAUUAUUUUUUGUACAUUCCAAAGUGUUGUUUAUUAAA